AUGGGAUUACCGGUGCCCCCUACGUCAUUGGACGGCUCGUGUUCUGUCGUCUGGGGUGGCACACUUUAUUCAUAUACGCCAAGUGCUUUCCUAUCGUUGAAGCUGAGCGAGGGUGCGGAAUGGCAGAAACUCGAAAUUGGUGAAAGUGUGACUGGUGGUACCUGUGUGGGAUCAACAGCCGAUUCUGCAAACGCUGGGUUCUUUGUCAUUGGUGGCACUGGUGGCACCACGGGUCUGAUCAAGUACACAUUUUCUACGGGAAAAUGGACGGCCAUCCACCCCGGAGACUCAGUCGUUAAGGAUCGCCUGGGCCACAGUUCGGCGUACAUCAAGUCAAAAGACUCGAUCCUCGUUUUUGGUGGAGGAAAAGAUGGGCAAGCCGGCCAGGAGACGUUUCUCAUCAAGGCCUCUGAGCCCUAUUCCGUCACAGGAUUCCCUGCCAGUGCUCCCGCGGCAUUGAAGCCAAUCCUCCUGCCAUGGGGUGAUUCGAGCGCUUUCAUGAUCAGCGGCGACACCAACACCAACGUUUAUCAGUUCAAUCCAGAUGCCCAAACAUGGUCAUACUCGGGAUCAAGUCUGGCGGAGCCCGUCACCCCCCAAGUUAAGGGUGCGCUCGUCACGGGCACUGAUGGAUCAGAAAACCUCUUUCUGUUCGAUCUUUCCCAAACGCCAAACAGGGUCUCGCGAGUUGUCAUCAAGGAUGCGAAUGGCCAAGCUGUGCCGAGCUCCCCUUACAUUUCAGCAAGGGAUCUCGAGGACCUAACUAUCAACGAGAAGAGAGACUCUGUUUGGCCAACCUAUAACUCAACUCAAGCUCCGGAUUACACCAGAGAAAACUACGCCAUUGCCCAAGGUUCUGACGGGCAGGUCUACUUCACUGGCGGCAGUUCCAAGGAGCCUAUCGCCAUUUUCAACCCCAUGCAGAAUGGCUGGGUAGAUGCCCAAGAGGUUCUUACUCCCGAGAAGGACACCAAGAGUGCUCCUACAUCUACGUCAACCUCUGCAUCUGCCACAUCCAGUUCAGUUUCCUCUUCAGUCUCAUCCACCGCAACUUCUUCCUCUUCCGUUUCUAGCACAUUCACGACGGCGUUUUCAAGCACCGCAUCGUCCAGCACCCAAGCUACAGGUGUCACCACCACGGGCGUUGUGUCCACAGAUGCCACCUCUAAUAAGCAAAACAAGAGUGACGAGGGCUUGAAUUCAAACGUUGUCCUCGGCAUUUCCCUAGGUUCCAUCUUUGCGUUCCUGCUCUUGUUGGGUCUGAUAUUCUGCCUCCUUCGCCGACAUAGAAUGCGCCGCCACAAGGAAAUGGCACAGGCUCGCGAGUUUGAGAAUAUGAGGAACGAUGAGAAGGACCCUAAUGCCUUCGGAAACGUAUCGCCGUCUGCCCCACCUGGAUAUUUCCGUGGUCAUCGAGCCAAUGAGUCCCAGGACUCGUUCUCGUCAAUGGCGAUCCUGAUGGGUCGUCUGAACAAUAACGUGUCGUCUGGUCUGUCAAGAAAAGGAAGCAAGGGCAGCAAUCGCUCCUCAGUUAGCUCUCUUCACAAGCAGCUGAAGAGCACUAUCAGCAAACCUAUUCCUCAAGUAAAUGUUAACCCAAUCAUGUCGAGCUCACCGGCUCCUGCAUAUGGUCGCGCAGUAGGCCAGGAGCGGUCCCUGACUGGAGCUCAGCCCAGGGCGCCUGGAAUGACACUCGCCGUACCGGAAGGUGAAGAAGAAAUGAGGGGCAGUUCAGGCUGGGACCGGUACUGGUCCGGCGGCAGCGCUCUGCAGGUUCUUGGUUUUGGUCAGAAGCGAAGCACCGUUGUUUCUGAAAGCUCGCAUUAUUCCCAAAACUCGGGCCCUAACCCCAACCAGGCCUCGAGAGUAACACAAGACUCUGCUACCGUCCCCCCUCUAAACAUCGAAGGCCGGGCUAGUUAUGCUCGUGUGAAUUCCGGGAACGUGAUUGUCACGGGUAACUCUCACCAGAUCCCCCUGCCCGGCGGACUCAGUGGUAAAAUCGAAAGGCCGGUAUCGAAAGCCUCGUCGGGGUACUCCAGCGGCGUGCCUGAAAGCGUCACUGAAGGUUGGGAGGCUGCGACAGGAAGCAAGCCAUGGGGAACAGAGCGAGCCCCAAGCAGCGCUUAUAACUCAACCUUUUCUCUCGGCGGAGCCAUCGCACAACAAGAAUACUCCAGUAGCCGACCACAUCGAUCUGGAGUAAGUACACAGCCACAACUGGCCAUGGCCUCCAAGUCCUCUGACAUGAGCUGGCUUAAUAUCGGUGCCCUUGAUCCGUCACGAAAACAAUAA